AUGCCUCUAAACAUCCUCAUCGUUGGCGCAGGCAUCUGUGGUCCAGCCUUCGCAAUGCUACUUCAAAGAUCUAACCCCAAACACAAGAUCACGAUUGUGGAGCGCUUUCCCUCUUUGCGCUCGACAGGGCAGCAAGUCGAUCUUAAGACUCAAGCUCCCCACAUACUGAGGAAGAUGGGUCUCAUGAACGAGAUAAAAUCACGUUGCGUUGACGAAACUGGACUUGAAAUGGUAGACUCCAAGGGUGAGCAAAUCGCUGUUUUUCCUGCCACCACUGCCGGCCAACGUCGCCCUGGCCUGACAAGCGAACACGAAAUCAUGCGUGGAGAUAUAGUGCAAGUGCUAUAUGAUGCCACUGUCAAGCAAAAUGCAGAAUUCAAGCAUGAGCGAGGAGAUGGGAAUGGGGUGACAUACGAGUUCGGCCAAACGAUCACGGAUCUCAGUCAAGGAGUCGAUGGCGUCGAUGUCACUUUUGUGAAUGGACACAAAAAGCGCUACGAUCUCGUUGUUGCUGCAGAUGGGCAAAGUUCGCGGACUAGGCGACUUGCCUUUGGCCGGGAGGCUAGUGACGCUAGUUUCAAGACCCUCGGUAUCCAUGGUGCUUAUUUCAGUAUCUCGCGAAUUGAAGAUGAAGGCACUCUCGCCAGAGGCUAUAUUGCUCCAGGAAAGAGGAUAAUUAUUACAAGACCUAGUGGCCGCCCAGUGACUGGGGUGCUGUUCUUCACCAUGGGAGAAUCGCCGAAGCUGAAUGCAUCUUAUGCGAAAUCGACUGAGAGCCAAAGGGAAGCCUUUUCUGAGAUAUUCCAGGAUGCUGGAUGGCAGUCAAAGCGGCUGCUCAAUGGAUUGGCCAAUUCUGAUGACUUUUACGCGCAUGAGCUUGGGCAAAUCAAGAUGACACAGCUCUCAACUGGUCGAGUAGUGCUCCUUGGAGAUGCGGGAUAUUGCACCAGCCCUUUUACUGGUUUGGGUACCAAUCUUUGCCUCUUGGGUUCGUACAUUCUCGCAGGGGAGUUGGCCCGGCAGGAUGGUGACGUGACAGGAGCGCUCAAUGCAUAUGAAGAGAAGAUGCGACCCUUGAUCGAUGAGUGCCAGCAAAUUUCUUCGACGGGUCUGGGUCUUUUUUUUCCCUCUUCGCAGCUUGGUAGUUGGUUUGUGCAUCAGCUAAUCUGGGCUGUGUCCAAGUUGAACGGAUUGUUUCCCACAUCACAAAAAAAGGACGAUCAUGGGAAGCGUAUCCCAAGUUACCCCGAAUUGAAUCUGCCAUUUUGA